UACAUGUAGUUGGCACCUUGGGACGGAAAGCAAUCAAGACAAGGAAGUAAGCUCUGGCCCAGUUUCAUUGUCUCUGGUUUUGUAUAAAAAGCUGAAUUCCGGCCGUAGAGUUUACAUUCGGCAAAUAUCAUUCCAGCGGACUACAACAUUCCAAAUCCAAGAUGAUCAAAGCGUUCGUCCUACUCGCCACCCUGGCACUUGGCUUCUCGGCCCCCUUAGAUCUCCAACAGGACUCGGAAUGGGAACUCUUCAAAACAACCCACAAGAAAACAUACGAUCAGAACACAGAAGGAUUCAGGAAACAGGUCUUCCUAGCUAACCUCCGCAUCAUUCAGAAGCAUAAUAUAGAAGCCGAUUUGGGCAUGCACACAUUUUGGAUGGGAGUGAACGAAUUUAGUGACCAGACCAAUCUCGAAUUCCGCAAAUACGCCAACGGAUACCGCAUGGCCGCCAACAGGACUAGUGGCUCCACCUAUCUGCCAGCAUCAAAUACUAAUAUUCCCGAAACCGUGGACUGGAGGACCAAGGGUUACGUCACACCUGUAAAGAACCAGGGUCAAUGCGGAUCAUGCUGGGCUUUUUCGACCACGGGAUCGCUUGAGGGACAGCAUUUCAAGAAAUAUGGAAAACUCGUCUCUUUGUCGGAACAACAGUUGGUGGACUGCUCAGGGAGUUAUGGAAACAACGGUUGCGAAGGAGGUCUUAUGGACAAUGCAUUCAAAUACAUCAAGGACAACGGCGGGAUAGAUACCGAGGCUUGUUACCCGUACGAAGCCCGGGAUGCGACUUGUAGAUUCCAGAGGUCCUGCGUAGCUGCCACUGACACCGGUUUUGUUGAUAUUCAGAGGGGGAACGAGGAUAAACUCAAAUCUGCGGUUGCCGAGAAUGGACCAAUCUCAGUGGCAAUUGAUGCUGGUCACCAAAGCUUCCAGACUUAUAGGUCUGGUAUUUAUGAUGAGCCACAAUGCAGCUCAACGCGACUUGACCACGGGGUGUUGGUGGUGGGCUAUGGUACGGAUAACGGUCAGGACUACUGGUUGGUGAAAAAUAGCUGGGGUCCAUCUUGGGGAAUGGAAGGCUAUCUCAAGAUGUCUCGGAAUAAGAAUAACCAGUGUGGUAUUGCAACACAGGCCAGCUUCCCACUCGUCUAAGCCCGAUGUAAAAAACACCUACUAAAAACGACAACAAACACAUCAUCAGAAAAGGCCGUUCACUUACAUGUAAUUUUCCGUCAAAAGGAUCCGUUGUAAAGUGUUAAUAUGUCCCUGGAUCGAGUGUCAUGGGGACAAAGGUUUUUAUACGUUUUUUUACUUCUGAGAUAAUGAAGGUCAUCUCUCUAUAGAACCAUCCUAAUCUGUCACAAUACAUAGAGAAUGAUACCUGGACUUUAUAAAGACUGAAUAUAAUUUUCUUCGAACAUGCUGAAUGUCAAACCAACGAGCUUUCUCGGCAAGGGUCUCCUUGUUGUACAAGGAGAAAUUUAUGUUAAGAAAUAUACUGUACUCUGUAAAAUUCGUGUACGCAAUGCGAAGUCAAUAUGUUUUAUAAUAAAUUGAAAUUCUUAUAA